UAUAUUACUGGUUACAUAACUUACAACAAAAGUUAGCAAUGUCAACACCACCUAAUAAUAAUACUACUAAUACUACGCCUGCAAUAAGAAUUCUUACUCCAUCUGUUGAUGAUUUUUCUGUUGAUUCUUUACCUGCUGAAGAAUCUUCUUCUUCAACUGCUCAAAGUCCUUUUACACCUAGUUCACCGCUAGAAGAAAUAAAUGAAGGAGAAAUAAAUGAACAUGAUGUACCAAAGAAUCCUUCAACAGAGCUUUUACAAAAAGUUGGGUUAGUUGAUAUUGAUUCGAUUCAAUAA